UUUGGAAUUGUUUGUGAAAGUUAAGAUGGUUUUAGUUGCUCCAGGAGACGACCUAAUAACUCCGGUGUAUGUGCCACCCACCCGCCCCCCUGUCAUCGUGACGACGAUCGGCGGCUCGAAGCCAUGUGACGACGAGGAGGACUGCUACACCGGCUCUGGCUCGGGUGAGGUCACCAGCACCCCUGACGAGCACGCCACCACAACCAUCCAUAAAGAAGUAUCGACGAUCGCCGGAGCCGGGCACACAAGCCACGUGUCGAGUCCUGAGGGAGAGGGGGGCGGGGGAGGUGGCAGCAGCACAACUGUAGACACGGCGGCCACCUCCGAUCUGCCGCCUUCAAGCAGCCAUAGCAGCUCUUCAAGCUCCAGCAGCAGCAGCAGUAGUUCAAGCAUCUCAUCAGUGCCCAGUUCACCCAUAUUCAGUGCCGAGUCUUCCCCGCCCACCAAUCCAGAUGUAAUUGUUACAACACCCUCAACUACCACCACCACAAUCUACCACAAACCACCGCCCCUCCCACCAAUCUUCCCCUCGCCCUACAUCCCUCGCGACCGCGACCGGAUAUCUUCCGAAUCGGCCGAAAACACGGCCUUCAUAAUCGGCCUUAUCGCCGGCACCAUGAUACUCAUCAUCCUUAUAAUUCUGCUCGUGUUGAAAUUCAAGAACCGGUCGCACACCGCUUACAAAGUGGACGAGCGGAAGACGUUCAGCGCCGAGUCGCAGCGACAGAGCGCCGCCCUGCUGGCCCCUAACCAGUCACCCCCCACACCCCAGGCCGCCGUCAAUGGCAACGUGCGCAACGGCAACGGCAAGGCCAACAAACGACAACUCAAAGACAUUAAAGAGUGGUAUGUAUAAUAUUGUUGCCGCCUUGUCAUCAACCAACAUUCAUUUUUAAUCCAUGAAACACGUCAUCCAUGUGUUUUCAUCAAUGAUGGUGUUGGAAAACUAUUCGGUAUAAUACCAUCCAUGCAUGGUAGCGUUGAAAAGCUAUUCACUCUCAUACCAUCUUCAUGAAUGUAUUAAGAUGAUGCUAUUAGGUUUUACACCAUCCAUGAAUUAUGGCAUUGAAAAACUAUUUACACCAUUCUUCAAUGGUAGAAUUGAAGCUAUUCAGUUUGAUACCAUCCAUGAAUGGUGGUAUUGAAAAUCUAUUCAGUUCAAGGCUGCGCUCACAGUGGAUGUGUUAACGUAUGACAGAUUCCGACUCAUUGGAAUAGAUGUGAGUGCUCACACUGCAUACGACUUGAAUGCGACUACAGUUACGACACCUUACAUCUUGUCGUGCGACAGAAUUUUGUAGGCAUCACUAUUUUGAGCGCAUCAUUUAGGAGAAUCGUGUUAUUGAUAAGUUAUUCAGUUUAAUAGCCUACCAUCCAUGAAUGGUGGGUUUGAAAAGCUUUUCAUUUAAUACCACCCUUGAAUGGUGUUAUUGAAAAGCUAUUCACUUUAAUACCAUCCAUGAAUGGUGGCAUUUAUUUAAUACGUCACAAAAUCUGAGCACAACUGUUAAAAUUAAAAUAAAUGAUAUUAUUGUUAAAGAAGAAGUUACAUCCGAUUUUAUAAGUCUUAUUUGAUGUUUUAUAUGUUAGCGUACGAGCUAUGAGUUGUUGUUUUGAAUGAAUAAAAUAAUUUGUUCUUUGGAUUUAUUGAAAGACUGAACUAAUUUUAUCUGUUGUUCAAAUCUAUUUGCAAUUAAAAUUGAAUAAAUUAUCAAGGUGUCUGCAAUGAAAAUCUCCAAUGCGAAAUGAUACUAGAAUUAAACAGGAUUUGAAAAUCUAUGAAAAUAUGUGUAUGUGAUGUGGAAAGUUUUGAAGCCAAUUGUGAUUUUUUAUUUGAAUUGUAUGUUCAAUUGUACUUGCAAUGAUAAAUUUCGUCCAAAAUCGAUCUUUUCAUGUUACAUAAUAGUGAAGAUCGAUUUACUUUCAGUUUGCCAACUUUCCAGUUUGGUUAAUGUAUACUUCACCCAGAAACGAGACCAUUCCUUAGUCAAUAAUAGAAGCCGACGUACACCAAAGUUAGUAGACAGAAGGUUGGUCACUCAUCUAUAGUAUUUUAGUUGAAAUGCAAUUGGAGUGGGGGAACUGCAGCCGUGACGUAGGCUGUAGUACAGAAUAGGCAGAAUAUCGCAUCCUUGAAAAUCAUACGGUGACCUAUAGUCAAAUUAUAUAACACAAACAUUUUCUGACAUGCAAGCUUUCUGUUUCUGCUUUACAAUAAUUAUCAAAACAUUUGAAUAAUACAAGCAUUUUGCAAUAUAAAAGCAAAAAACCCACCUCCUAACCUCCCCUUUCAAACCCUUAAGGUUUCUUUAUCUUCUAGGUCGUGUUUAUAUUUUGUAUUUUGGCUAUACAUCAGCUUGUGAAUUUCGGAGAUGAGAUAUUUUGAUUCUCGUAGAACAUGUGCUCGAUACCAGCAUGUGUUCAGUGCAUUUAUAUGAAUGAAAUUCAUUGGAUUUAUCGAGAUCGGUUUAUUGUUUUAUUGCAAUGCAUUGGUUUAUCAGGAUUUUUUUUGGGUUAAUCUGAAAUUAUAAUAGUAUAACGUAGUCUACUAACGCUUUUCCAGCUUAUUAACUUUUUCGUGUCACGUGUUUAGAUUCUUGAAAAACUUUCAACUUCAUUUUAUUCAUACAAGUUGAAUGAACUUGAAAUAUUAAACAACAUCAUUAGAAUUGGUGAUUAAUUCGCUAUAAGUAUGGAGAAUUUUUAAGUUCUAGGUCAAUCUUGAGGGGAUUAAACGACAAUUUAUUUGAAUAUACAGUGAAUAAACUGUAUGCUUAGCGUGGUUAAUCUAUCACUUUUUUACUACACGUGACGUCACGCUGGCAUUCCCCCCACCACUUCGAAUCUUACACCUGUGAGUGAUCAACCUUCUGUCUACUGACGUUCGACGUGCACAACCGUGUUCUUAACGAUAAAUAUAAUUUCUUACAGAACAUCACUAAUGAAAAAAUAGCCAAUUGUAAACAACUGUAUAAAUAAUGAAACAAUAAUUAUUAUAGUUGAUGAGAUAAUGGCUUAUAGUAUGACAUUGCAGAACACCUGAAAAUAAUCUAGUCGAGUGAGGGGAGUUUGUUUACAUUUUUCUACAGUAUAAUCUUUUACUACAGACGCAUAUCAAGGAUUUUCGAUCAUUUUUCUUCAAUUUAAAGAGCUGAUAAUAUUCAAAAUAAACUAUCUCGAUAAGAAAUCGCGAAAAAAUAUUUUCUACAUCAGGCGAUUAUCUUCUAUUUCGGCUGCAAAUUUUGAAUUAACACAUAAAACUUGAACAAGCUGCAUUUAAUUGUGUAGUAAGUCAAAUAGUAGCCAAAAUGUACAAUUCAUCAUUUUUCUGUUUUUAUCUAUAAAAGCUGCAUCUAUUUCUAGAAUAGCUCUCAAAAAAUGGCGUGUAGUAGAUUUAAUUUGGCACGAACUAAACUAUUCAUCGAAUAAUAAAAUUGAUUUUUUGACAAUUUGAAAGAUAACCUAACUUACGAUAAACCAUAUACAAAACUCACAUCCUUGCUUUUAAAUUGUUGAGUAAAAUGUGGCUAUUCACUAGUUUUCAUUGAUCUAUCUCAAAUUGAAAGAGUAUGUUAUGCAAUAUAUGAUUUGUAGGUGUUGCGACUCACGAUGGCAAUAUUAUGUUUAGAUGAUAAGAUGUAUAUUAUUUACAGAAAACAAUUUUGAACUUGAAAAUAAUUUAGUGAUAAAACGUAAAAUAAAAUAAAGUAUAAAGACGAAUUUUAAUAUUUUGUAAUGUUAUGUUUCAAUUUGUAUGUAAAUAUGUGUAAGAUAAUAUUUAAAAUGAUUGUGUAACUAAUAAUAAAACUGGAUUUAUAAAUAGU